AUGGCACCAACUUCCCCCAGCGCAUCUGCGUCUUAUAAGAAGAAGGAUGGAACGCUGGCGAUAUCGAGCGACCUUCAGUCUAUUACAUGGACUCCCAAAAAUGGGUCAGAUAGCUUGUUGUCGUUGCAAACAGCGUCCGUCACUAACUUACAGCAGACUCCCGUUAACAACCCGAAAGUUAUGCUGAAGAUAUUCGUCCAAGGGCCACCAAGUCAAGGCCAGAGCCAGGAAAGUGCUGCUCCGGUUCCAUACGUUUUUACAUUUACCUCGCCCUCCAAUGCGCGCCCUGAAGCCGAUGCCAUUAAGGAAGCUCUGAAUACUAUCAUUCAAAAUGCGAAGUCAGCCCAGACACCGGCACGCGAUGGUACGCCUACGGCGCCUGCGACUGCGAAACCGCCAUGGUACAACGAUAAUCGUCUGAAAGCCGACAUGGCUCUGCAGCAAUCUCUGUUGAACUCUAAUGAGAGUUUGAAACGUGUAUUUGCGGAGUCCCUACGAACAAAGCCAGCUUCAGUUACACACGGACAGCUUGUAUCUCAGUUUUGGUCUUCCCGAAUACACCUGCUACGAGCCCAUGCUAUAGAGAAGUCUCAGGAACAGGGAGCCUAUAACGUGUUGUCCACCGUCAAGCCACGAGUUGAGGAUAAGCGAAGGCUCAAUCUGAGCAAGGAACAGAUCCAACUGAUCUUCAGCCAGCACCCCUUAGUUAAAAAGGUAUACGAUGAGAACGUCCCCAAAGUGGCGGAAGAGAUUUUUUGGUCUCAAUUUUUUCAGAGCCGCCUUUUCAAGAAAUUGAGAGGCGAGCGGAUAACGGACACUGACCCAACGGACUCGUUACUCGAUAAAUACUUGAAAUAUGAUGAGAAUACGGGACGGCCUGCUAAUGAAGUGGAACGGGUGCCCAAUCUUAUCAAUCUAGAAGGGAAUGAAGAAAAUGUCUCCCAAAGACAAGGUAAUCGACCUUCCUUUGAUAUGAGACCAACGGCGGUAGACAAAGUUCCUAUCAUCAGGACCCUGAACUCCCUCAGUGAAAAAAUAAUGAGGAAUGUGGCUCCAGCCGACCAACAUCUGACGGACGCUGAAAACGCGGACAGAGAAGUGUAUAACGAGCUGCAAUUGCGAGAUCUUCGGGAACAGGAAGAGCAAAAACGAAUCUUGCUAAAUAUUCGCGACCAAAGCCGCUUCUUUUCCGAAGGAAAUGCCGGAGAAACUAAGAAAGCGCAAGUUGUAGCGAAACAAGAUCCAACGGCUAGCUUGAAUAUGCUACGGUCGGACUUUAGUCGGGUCUACAUAGAUACGCCGCAAGUUAGGUUAAGUCGCCUUGUCGAGCCUGAAGAUGGGGAUAGCAGUGAUGAAGAACAAUCAAAGCCCAAGAAAGAACCCGUUGGUUCGAAGGCGAGCCUUGCGAGCGCCAAAUCCCAGAUUUUUGAAAUUAUUGGGCAACGGAAGGCUCAGGCAGACCCAGAGUCCUCCUCGAGUACCUGCGGACUUUCGCAAACAAUCUUUGAUCGCCUGACCCUGACACAUGCUACAACGACAGAGUUCUUGACUCAAUUCUGGAAUGCAUUCUUGUCAGGAAACCCUGAUCGAGCGUCUGAGAUUGCGUCAAUGGUGGAAUCACUUAACAGAGCCAUGGAUCGAAUAAACGAGGUCGCCAAGGCAGCAGAAGCGGAACGGCAGGUCGAAGUUGACAGGCUCAAGAAACAUGCCAGAGAAAUAAUGGCCUCUACAGGCAGGAAGAUCCGUCUCGCCGAGGUUGAUGGCGGGGAGAAGGUAGUCAAGCAGUUGAUGGGCCCGACUAUUAAUGCGUUAUCAAAGGCCACGGCUGAAUAUCAAAAAGCCCUUGCCCAGCAGACAGCAGAGGGACAGUCCUGA